ACAGCCGUCGCUCUCACCUGAGGGUGCCCAGCCUCCUCCAGGUGGGAACUGCAGGUCGAAGCGACGCAACUUGUCUUCAUUUCCCCUCUCUGUGGUCCAGAGAGCGACCACAGGCAGACAGCGUCCGCGCUGGAGGUGGUAGUCAUUUGACAUCCAACAAACGGCUCAGUACCCGCGGGUACAAACAAACCCAGACUCCAGUGACUUCCUCAAGUGCUUUUCACGGAAAUGCUUCACCUGAAGUUUGCCUUCGGACGGUGAAAGUUUCGUGUUGGAGAGGAAGGACGCAGCAGGGAGACGCUUCAAAUGGAGAGAGGCUGAAUCAACCCAUCUGAAUCGUACAAGUUCAACAAGGGUACACAUCCAGUGUGAAGUGGUAUGUCAAACCGUGACUCGUUGGGGUUUGGGGACCUGCUUCCCCAGGAUGUGGUCGAUAUUUUUGCCCAAGAGAAGCACAGCAGGAGAGGCCAGAAGAAGCGCAGUCGCUCCCUGGGCCGGGCUUUGGGCUGGCUUAAGGGCAAGAAGAGGAAGGAUCUCGGUGGAAAGGGGCAGAGCCCGGGUCUAGGUCCUGCACUUGACUUGGCUUUGGAUGGGCACCCUGCUGGACAUCAGGGUGGACACAAGGGAGGACAGAGGUCAGGAAGGCAGAAUUACCCACAAGGUAACAGUCAUGCCAUCCCAAAGCUAGAUGACGAUGACAAGACCCCAGCACCCCCGUUGUUCCAGGAGAAUGUGUUCAUUGAAGCCAGCAGGCCCAAGUACCUGGAAAACCUUCACAGUGAGGCGCAGGAGGGAUUGAAAAUGAUGCAGCAGGAAGAAACAAAUAAUGGAGUAGAGUACCGGGAUAAUGAAAGUACAAUUUCGACAGUGACGGUCCAGACAGAUGGGGAAGGUGGAGGAUUUGUAACAGACAGUACCAUUGGCGACACAACUUCUGUUGUGUCUGUUCAGUCAUCUGUGUCGACAAGAUCUUCCCGCUCUGGACUCACUAGGCAAGGAUCAACAUUCAGGCCCUUGAACUCUGGGAAAAAGUCAGAAAAGGCCAAGAUAAGGAGAAGACACAGGAAGACUGUUGCUGGUAUCCCACAGCAUGUACAGAUGGAAUUAGGUCUAGACAGAGGGGGUUGGAAAGCAACUAAGACGUUAGAUGAGGAACAACUUUAUAAUGGUGAAACUGAUGACAGCCUAACCAAUGAUGGGUCACAGCAGGCACCGCAGAAAGGAGCCAGCGCCAGACUUCAUGACACAAAUGCCAUCCAGCCACUCAACAAAGACCAACUCGAGCAGCUCAGUGACACCUAUGCUGGUCAUAGGGAUGACAUGGCCCUGCUGCACUGCCUAGUUCCUGACUUGUCAGGUGAGCAGAGGCCUCGGUCCCUGGCCGUUCCUUGGAUGACCACAGCCAACAGCCUCCAGCAGGAGCCACCCAGCCCUGUCAUGUCCAUGUCACCCCAGGCUGCCUACAUGUCCAAAAUCAUUCCCAAUGCUGUGUUGCCGCCCUCCAUUGAUGUGGUGGAAAUCAGCCGUGGCCGCAGUCGCAACAGUGUCCGCACCGUCAGCAAGACCAGCCUGUUGCUUUCCAGCCCAGCCCCCUCCCGUGCUUCUUCUAGAGCCUCUUCUUCUAGAACCACUUCCUCGAGAGCCUCCACCAUCACCUCUGCCUCUCGCUACAAACCUCCCAAUCUGUCUGACAGCUCUUGUUGGAGCAAUUCUGAGUCCUCAGAGACCUUGGUAUCUGAAUCCUCGACCAUUUCCAGCAGCAGCACCCCCAAACAGAAGAGGCCACAGGAUAGAGAUGGCCCUACUAAAGAGGACAAAAACACUGUUCAAUCCUCCAUCGGCAAGAAAACAAAAAGCACCUCUAAUGGAAAGGUCAUUAUUACAGAAGAUUUGGUGAAAAAAGAGGGGUCGUUUGUGCGUAGCCUUUCUGUCAUGAAGCCUAAGAGGGCUCCACCUCCUCCAAAUCGCUCUUAUUCCCUUCAUGGUAAGAUGAAGCGACGGUCACGAGAUCUGGCGGAGGUUACAGUCAUUUCAGGGGAAGCCUCAGGUGAGGAAAAUGGAAAAAACAAAUCUGGAUCUUCUCCCAUGCCUUCAGUAAUCAUUGAAAGCCCUGGAUACAGUGCCGACACCAGUUCUCUGGAGGACUCUACUGGUUCUGUGUCAUUCAGUCCCCUCAGAUCCCAGCUGCAGGCACUAAAUGCAAAAGAAGCUGCGAAGGUUGUUGAAACUGUUUCCAAAGAUGCCUCAGAAGAAAAGCAGAAACUACUGCGGGAUAAUAAGCUAAACAAAACAGUCUCCCCGUCCAGUGGCUACUCAAGCCAAGAUGGCACAUCUACACAGCUUCCUAAACAGCCCUACAGCUCAUCUCCAAGGCACAAGAGAGGCAUCUUAGCGAAGCUUCAAAGGUUUUUUCCUGGGUCCACUGCUGCUACAACUCCACCACCUCUCACAAAUCCAGAGGCUCUGGAAAACAUAAAAUCUACAGAGGAUCUCAAACCUGACACCUCAGUCGAUACUGCCAGUGUCAGUCCUUCUGUAAGGACCCUGAUAGACCUCUUCAACAUCCCUCCACCACCUAAAGUUCAUGCACCUCCACCUCCUCCUCCAGAGGUAUGGGCUCAUAGCAAGCGUUCUAUUGAAUUGCUACUGGGACCCCCAGUACCUGAUAACACUCAUGCUAUCAUAAAAAAGAAUCCAAAGGACAGAAGACAACAGAGGAAGUCUCCUUCUACAUUUACAGAUGGAUCUGUGCAAAGCUUGGUGACAGAAAGAAAACACAAGAAUCCAACUGUAACAGUGGAAUCUGUUAAUGGAUCCCUACAUGUGUUGGAACCAAAGAAAGUUAAAGAAAGUGGGAUUUUGAAUGUUGAGAUUCACAAAGAGAAGAAUGACAGGCUGGCUGAACAGAAUGUUGAUUUGAAAGGAAACAGAAUAGUGACAGAAAAAGAUGAGAAAGUAAGAGUAAGUGACAUAUUAAAUGGGAUGUUAGCGAAGGCUGUAGAGAGACGUGAAGAAAGGCUGACACCAUUAAGAGAAGAAGAAGCCAAAAAGACACUCACACACACCACAGAUAACAUGGAUACAUUAACUGCAAUAUCAUUACAACGCAUUCUUCCAUCUCCCUCUCCCCCAGUGCACAAUCCUCCCAAACCCCCAACUAAACAGACUACAGAGUUUACCUCUGUCCCAUCAGCACAAGUUGUUUCCCCCGAGUUGUCUUGGCCCCCACCACCUCCACCAACAGGUAUGAGUGCUCCUGAUGAAAUGGAUUUCCCUCUUCCGCCUCCCCCAGUGUUUAGUGAGGAGGAGUUAGUCUUACCUGUUCAGGUGCCACCAGAGACCACGAUUAGUAGUGGUGACUCUCUUUGUACAACUACGUCUGUUGUAUCUGUGGUGAAAACACAAUGUGUAAGGGUGACCACAGAAGCUGAACCACAGAAGCCCAGUACAUCCCAGGGGAAUGUACAUAAACCCCUGUAUAUCCCACCUCCCCCAUCAUAUACAGCUCCCCCUCCACCAACUAAAGCAGUAUCUCCUCUUACGGUUAUAAAGGUCUCUCCUCUGCAGCCUGAAGAGGUUUCUCCUCCUCCACCACCUAAAGAAGUCUCUCUGCCACCACCUAAAGAGCAUCCCCCCCCAUUACCUAAAGAGGUUCCACCUUCGCCACCUAAAGAAGUCUCACCGCCACCACCUAAAGAACCUUCUCCACCGCCUAAGGAGGUUUUCCCUCCUCCACCUGAAGAGGUUCCUCCUCCGCCAUGUGAAGAAAUCUCGCCUCCACUACCUAAAGAAGUAUCUCCUCUACCAUCUGAAGAUGUCUCCCUUAGACCACCUAAAGAGUUCUCUCUUCCCCCACCUAAAGAGGUCUCUCCUCCACCUAAACAGGUUUCUCCUGUGAAGCCCAAGGAGUCUGCUCCUCCUCUGAUUCAAGCCCCUCUUCCAUCUGUUAAAGAUGUUUCCUCCACACUGGUUACAGUGGUAUCCCCUUCACCAGUUAAAGAGGUUUCCCCUCUGCCUCCUCAAGAAGUCACUACUCUAUCCACUGAAGAGGUUUCUCCUCCAUCUUCUCAAGAAAAUGCCCAUCAGUCUCCUGAAGAGGCAACAACUGUUAUCAAGCUCACUCCACCGCAAAGUAUUCCACCUCCACCACCUCUGAUGUCUCAGCCCCAGUCAUCAGAGACUGAUCUUCCACUGGAGAACGUCCCAGCCGAAUCUGAAACUAGCCCAGUGUCAUCUAACAGUAUUCUCACUCCCCCUCAGAGUAUUCCACCACCGCCGCCCAUACAGCUUCUCCACCAACCUCAAGUCUCUUCCCCAAAUACUGAUGGUCUAGUAACCCAGGAGGCCCACCAUUCACCACCACCUGAAGUCUCUAUCCAUUCAGCUCUUGAAAACUCUCUUCCAACAGAAAAGGCUCGAGACCCUCUUCCAUCUCCACCUGUAAACAUUUCCCUACCUCCACCUUUACCUGUGCAGGGUCUUGCCAGUAUUAAGCUCCAGCCUAGUCCUGCAAGCACAGAAAACCAGCCACCAGAGCUGACCUCUGCCCCUGUUGUGCAGGAGGAACCCACUCCAAUCGUCACCCCCUCCCUUCUGCAGAUGGUCAAACUGCGGUCUGUCAGUAGCAGCCCUGAGCUUCCUGAAGCACAGGAGCACCCAGAGACUGAGGUCACAAUGGGCACUCAGCAGCCCAGCAAUCAGAUCCCAACCUCAUCUCUCAGUGGUGAGGCUCCUCAGAAGCCCAUCAGAAAGUCUCUGAUCAUGACCUCUGCCACAUCCACUUCCCCACCUGCCAUAAUUACUUCACAACCAUCUCUGCCCACACCCCAGUCUAUUGUGGUUCCACCUGCGUCUUCAUCCACAGUCCUCUCCCCUACCAAAAAGUCUCCUUCUGUCAUGACCGCCUCUCCUUCCAUGAACCUACAGGAGGCCAUCCGCCUCAGAACAGCAGCCAGAUCAUUAGGUCCCACUGCAUCUCGCCUCAGCUUGCACUCACCAACAUCACCAACAGAUCUCCAUAAGUCCCCCACCAACACAGCAAGCUUUAUCUUCUCCAAGAGCAACAAGAAGGUGGUGAUUGAGACCAAGCCAGCACCGGAGACCAACACAACCAUACACAGGAACCUAGAGGUUUUUUCUGGAACAAAAGGGCUGAUUGAAGGAGAGUCUGUGAAGAAAGAAGUGAAGGUACCACCACCUGUUGCAAAGAAACCCAAAACAAAGGGAAAAGAGAUUGAGACCAGUGAAGGGACAGAGCAAACUGCAGGACAGGAAGCAUUGCAAGAGAGUGUCAUGGAUGCAGCAGAGAAAUCAAAUGGGACAGCAGGUACUGUUGAAGGAGGAGGGACACCGUCUACAUGAUUAAGACUGAAGGAAGGGAAGGACUGGGAAGGACUUAUUAAUUAUAAUGAAUUUGCAGCAAGUUGUGUUUGUAAGACAAGAAACUGGAUUUGUUGGUAAGAUGCUAAUUCCAGAGAUUUGGAAAAGUUAUGGACUUUUAAAAAAAAUCCUUCAAAUUUGAUAUUAAUGGUGUGGGUCUUAAUUUACUCAUUGUGCAUUUUAUUAAGUAAGUACAGUAUGUUUUCUUUUGCCAGAGGUCAUCUAAGCUUUGCAGUUACAAGAGAUGGGAAUAUACCGCCCUCUAGUGUCAAAUAAUGAUUGUAUCACUUAUGUCCUGCUGAAUCAGAGCUUUAGUCAGUACUUGUAACAAUGGGACUUCUGGGCGCUGAUCUGUAAAUAUAGCAACAUUUUGUAUAUUUAACAUAUCUCUUAAAGAUGGACCUUUCCUACAGAGUUCUGUUUUGCAUUUUCCCAAAAGAAAUUCCACACCAAUUAUAUUUGUUAAAAAAUAUUAAUUAUUUUAAGUUAUUUUCAUGUUCAGAGGAAGGUCACUACAGACAGAAUGCCUUCUUUGCAAUGCUGUGUUAAACCCCAGUAUCAUUUAAAUCACAUUUGUGUGUAUAGCUCUUAAUCAUACCCAAAUAUUUGUUCUUGUCAAAAAAUCCCACCUAUCAUUUGUUGUGUUUCAACCCCAUCUAUGUGUUUCACAAUUAAUGUCAUAAAAACAAUGUCCAGACAUGUAAAGCAAUGCUAGUCAUUUUCUGAGCACAUUUUCUGCUGCUUUUAGUUACUGAUAUUGGAGAUGUUGCCCUUCCUCACAAUUAGGGCUCAAACAGUGGGAUAUUUCUGUUGAACUUUAAUAUAUUUCAAAGUUUGUUUCAGAGACUAAUGUAAUAAAUGAUCAUUCAUAACAGAAAGAAUAAAGAUUUAUGGA